AUUGUUCAAUAUUCUUUUCUUAUUUCAUUUGCAAGUAAUUUUCUUUUCCAAGUGUUCAUCACUUUUGGUCUUCUCUAUCCCUUUUUAGCUAAACCCUUUCAACAUAAACUAGUUCCUCUUUCUUUGCUUGUGUGGUGGGGUUUAUUCUCUUUCUUGAUCCAUGGCUUUGUUAUUCCAACUUUCACCUUUUCUCUCACCAAUUUCCCCUCCUCGCACACCUUCGUUUCCUCUUUUUUCUUGUGUUUUGUGAUUUUUCAAUAUUUUAAAAAGGGAAAAUUGAAUUUAAUAUUCAAAGGAGAGUUUUUUAUUCUAGAAUUUGUGUUUCACGCAACCACAUGCAUGUUCUCUUCAUGCUUGUCUGAUCUGGAUUGGAUCACUAGGAUCUUUGCCAUCUGCACUUUUUGUUUGGUACUUGAGGGGUAGUGAGUGGAGUGGUGGGGUUUGUUUGAGUAACACAUGAUAUGAAUCCCUGGACUCUUGGGCAAUCAUAUUCAUAGGACAAAGCAAAACAUAGAAGAAAGGAACAAGGGACCGACCUUUUUCUGCUGCGUUCUGGAGGGGAAUUGCGCAUAAGGGUCUGUUUCAUUUGUUACAUCCGACGUUGUGGUGUGAGUGCUGGUUGGUUGAUGGUUGGUUGGAUUGAGCAAUUUUGAGUGGGGCACCCAAUUGCGUAAAGUUUAGAUUUUUUUUUCAUAGUGGCGUGUGUUUUAUGCUUGUGAUUGGUAGUGGGGGUUGGUGGUGGUGUGUUAUCCCUUGUGCUGUUGAGGUAUGGCGGGGAUUGAUGCUACAAAGUAUGGUCAUAGUCCUGUGCACAAGGCCAUAGUUUCAAAGGAUUAUGCUGAACUUAGGAAGAUUCUUGCCGCCCUCCCACGGCUGCGUAACACGGCGGAGAUUCACACCGAAGCGGUUUCGAUUGCGGAGGAAGAAAAGGCUGAUGCCAUUUCCACUUUGAUUGACCGGCGAGAUGUGCCAAACCGGGAUACUCCUCUUCAUUUGGCUGUGAAAUUGGGGGAUGAAGUUGCCACGGAGAUGCUUAUGGUUGCUGGAGCAGAUUGGAGUCUGCAGAAUGAGCAGGGGUGGAGUGCUCUUCAAGAAGCUAUUUGCAACAGAGAAGAGGAUAUUGCCAAGAUAAUAAUUAAGCACUACCAGCCUCUGGCUUGGGCAAAAUGGUGCAGAAGGUUGCCUCGAUUGGUAGGGACCAUGCGGAGAAUGAGAGACUUCUACAUGGAGAUUACAUUCCAUUUUGAGAGUUCUGUGAUUCCUUUCAUCUCAAGGAUUGCUCCUUCAGACACCUACAAGAUUUGGAAGAGGGGUGCAAAUCUAAGGGCAGACAUGACUUUGGCUGGUUUUGAUGGUUUUAGAAUCCAGAGAUCAGAUCAGAGCAUUCUUUUCCUUGGUGAUGGUUCAGAGGAUGGGAAAGUUCCACCUGGGUCACUCUGCAUGAUCUCACACAAAGAAAAAGAGGUACUCAAUGCCCUAGAUGAUGCUGGAUUUCCAGCAAAUGAGGAGGAGGUUCAGCAAGAAGUGGCUGCAAUGUCUAAAACAAAUAUUUUUCGGCCGGGGAUCGAUGUAACUCAGGCAGUUCUUUUGCCUCAGUUGACUUGGAGGAGGCAGGAGAAAACAGAAAUGGUAGGCCCUUGGAAAGCUAAGGUGUAUGAUAUGCACAAUGUGGUUGUGAGCAUAAAGUCUAGAGGAGUUCCUGGAGCUAUGACAGAUGAUGAGCUCUUCUCAUCUUGCAAUGAAAAUGAAACUGAGAGUGAAGAGUUCAAUGAUAUAUUGACUGAGGAGGAAAGAAGGCAAUUGGAAGAUGCGCUUCGGCUGGAUUCGGUGGACAUGACCAACGAGAGUGAUGAGGUUGUCAUUGGACAUCGUCACAGCUGCUAUGAACAUAGAGAUAUUCCCAUUGAAGAUGGAAAUUGUAACAAGAGUGGAGAAAAUAAGCAGGAAAAGAAAGGAUGGUUUGGUGGAUGGAGGAAAAAGGAUUCGAAACCUGAGGCGCCAAAGAAGAUUGCUGCACCAAGAAGUUCUCUUUGUGUAGAAGAAAAGGUGAGUGAUUUGUUAGGGGAUUCUCCUUCAAGAAAUCAGACUAAGCCAGGAAGACAUUCUGUUGAGAUAGCUGUGAAGGGUGAUGAGUCCAGGAGGAAAAAAGAUGCCAAGGCUUCUUCUGCAAGUUCUGAUGGCAGAAGUCGUCAAAAAGAUGGAAAUCGUGAAAAUGAAUACAAGAAAGGGUUGCGUCCUAUUCUUUGGCUUUCCCCUAACUUUCCACUGAAAACUGAAGAACUCCUGCCGUUGCUGGACAUUGUUGCAAACAAAGUUAAAGCAAUUCGCCGAUUAAGAGAACUCCUUACAACUAAACUUCCAAUGGGAACCUUCCCUGUUAAGGUUGCCAUCCCUGUGGUUCCUACUAUCAGGGUGUUGGUUACCUUCACAAAGUUUGAAGAACUACAGCCUGUAGAAGAAUUCGCGACGCCGCCAUCAAGUCCGUCUGCAACCGGCCAAGAGAGCCCUGCAGUGCCACAUUUCUCGGCAUCAUCUUGGUUUCAAUGGAUAAAGGCUCCUUAUCGCUCAAGUACAUCUACUCAAGGAUCCAGCAGUAGGAUAGAAAAUAUUCAAGACCCAUUUGCAAUUCCAUCUGACUAUACUUGGAUCAGUGCUGAAGCAAAGAAAAAGAAGAUCAAGAGAAGAACAAAUCAAAGAAAGGAAAAAGUCAUAGCUAAUUGUGCCAGUGUGAGUGACGUUUCAUGAGCAAGCUCCAAACUUGGAAGUGCUUUGGUUGUUUAGAGAACUUUGGCCAUUUUCUGGAAAUUGAAUUUGAAGUUAUCUUUCAUGUGGGGUGGGAUUAUCCAAGGAGUUAUGCAUUAACUAUUUGAAGCAUGUGGCAUAAGGAAAAGAAACAUUGUGAUUCAUGCAAUGAUAGCUGCAAAGAAUUUAUUGAUUGUGUUUCAGAACAUGUGGAAAACCAUUAUUAACUCAGGAUAGUUGCAAUCACAGCAAUCAAACUUUUCAUAUUCAUGAUUGCAGUUUAAAUUCACCUUUGUUUGGUUAUAAUAAUUCUUUUCCC